UCUCUCUCUAUCUUCUAUUAACAAACAGCCAAUUUCGCUUUCUGUAAUAUCCUCUUCCUGUUUUUUUCUCUUUUUCACUCUGUGAUCUGCUCUCUUUCUUUCUGAGAUGGAAGCGGUGAAGACGGUGAUAUGCUCUUGAAUCUCUCUGGUAAGGAUUCAAUAUAUCACUAUUGAUUUGGGUUUUCAUAGCAGCCGAGUUUUGAUCCUUUUAUGGUCUCUAAUCUCGUUGAGCGGAAGGAGGAAAAGCAAAAUACCCAACACCCAUCUCUGAGUUUCUCUUCCAUCUUCUUCAUUUCCUCAGGACUGAAGAUUUCUAUUUUUCUAUUUCAUAUUUGGUUUAGAUAAGUGAGUAGUUCUGUUUUAGGAUUGAUUCCAGAACAGCAAUAGUUAGAAUCUAGUGGAGGAAAGAGAACUUCCUCUGUAGAUUGAUUUGUAGUAUAGAAGUAGAGAAGAUGAGUUUGAGUGCGGCCGAGAAUGAUUCGGCAUCGAAGAUUCAUAUACCAGCAGAGAUUGAUUGGCAUAUGCUUGACAAAUCCAAGUUUUUCUUUCUUGGAGCUGCUUUAUUUUCUGGUGUAUCAGCUGCACUUUACCCUGUUAUCGUUUUAAAGACAAGGCAACAGGUUUCUCCAACUCAAAUUCCGUCUCUUCAAUUGUCGUUUUCAAUUAUGUGUCGUGAAGGUGUGAGAGGUUUCUAUAGAGGUUUUGGUACCUCUUUGAUGGGAACUAUCCCAGCACGAGCCCUUUACAUGGCAGCACUUGAGGUGACCAAGAGCAGUGUUGGGACUGCAACUGUUAGAUUAGGAUUCUCUGAUACUCAAGCAACAGCUAUAGCCAAUGCUGCUGCUGGGUUGAGUUCAGCUAUGGCUGCACAGCUAGUUUGGACCCCAAUUGAUGUUGUGAGCCAAAGACUCAUGGUUCAAGGUUGUAACAGUGCCAAUAGCAACAAGAGUAGCAAGAACCUCAUUCCUACUUUGGAUUCUUGUAGAUACAGAAAUGGCAUCGAUGCCUUCAGAAAAAUUUUGCAUGCUGAUGGUCCCAGAGGAUUGUACAGAGGAUUCGGGAUAUCAAUAUUGACUUAUGCACCAUCAAAUGCAGUUUGGUGGGCAUCUUACUCUGUGGCGCAUAGGCUUAUAUGGGGUGGAAUCGCUGUAAACGGCGGAGAUUGCGGUUAUAGGCCGGAUUCAAAGGCAACAGUGGCCGUGCAAGGGUUAUGUGCAGCCAUGGCGAGUGGGGUUUCAGCUAUGAUCACCAUGCCACUCGACACUAUCAAGACACGCAUGCAGGUUCUGGAUGGAGAACAAAAUGGAACAAGGCAGCCAUUGACAGUUAUUCAAACAGUUAAGAAUCUAGUCAAGGAAGGUGGAUUUGCGGCUUGUUAUAGAGGAUUAGGACCAAGAUGGGUAUCAAUGUCUAUGUCUGCAACAACAAUGAUUACUACAUACGAAUUCUUGAAACGAUUAUCUACUAAAAGCAGACAGAGCUUCAGCUCAUGACUCCAAUGUCCAAAGAGCAGCAAAAGAGAACAGAGAAACCUUUUUCCACUGGCAAAUUUUUAGCUCUUUUCCUCAGUUGUCUCAAAUGGGUUGCUUGCCAAGGGAGCUUAUGAACGUAAAUUUAGUUUCUUUCUCUUGUUGUUGUCAAAUGUAGGGGAAUUCAUUUGAAAUCAAUGAAGAAUAGUAUAGUAAAAGCAAGGCCUUUUUUCUUGUUUU